AUGGCGCUUCUGCAGUACCGCAACGUCGUCGACUACGAGGCGCAGGAGGCCGCGUUUGAGGACUUCCUCACAAAGUUCAAGACCUCCCCGCAGGACACCAUCACUCAUGCCAUCGGUCAGAUUAGUAUCGCCGAGGACGACUUGAGCGACGAGUACGACUUCAUGGACGAGGAUGACGACGCCCACGAGCAGCGCAGACGCCAGAAGGCCGCCCAGAGGCAACCCCAGCACAAGUAUGCCGAGCGCAUGCAGCAGCUGGCAGACCGCACCGCUGACGAGGUGCUGAUCGAGCUGGACGACCUGGCUUCCUAUGUGGCGGACAGCGACCAAGACGUACGCGACCUCAAGCUGGUCGAGUCCAUCGAGGCCAACACCAAGCACUACGUCGAGAUCCUCUCGAGGGCCAUCGACAAGAAGCUGCCUGCCCCCGCCAGCGGCGUCACCUUCAAGGACGAUGUGCUGGAUGUCAUCAUGGAGAGGAGGCAGGUGAGGAAUCGCGAGAUGGCGCAGAUGGCCGAGAGCACAAACAACCCAGAGAUGCUGGAGUCGACCUUUCCCUCCCAGCUCACCCGCCGCUACACCUUGGUCUUCAAGCCGAGGACAUCGACCCCCGACCACCCCGUCAAGGCGCUGGCUGUGCGCCAGGUCCGUGGUGACCACCUGGGUCAUCUCAUCACCAUCCGCGGCAUUGCCACCCGCGUGUCCGAUGUCAAACCCAUCGUCCAGGUCGGCGCUUACACUUGCGACCGCUGCGGCUGUGAGAUCUUCCAGCCCGUCAACGACAAGCAGUACUCCCCUCUCACCACGUGCCCUUCCAAGGAGUGCAAGGAGAACGAUUCCAAGGGCCAGCUCUUCCAGUCGUCCAGGGCGUCCAAGUUCCUGCCCUUCCAGGAGGUCAAGAUUCAGGAGAUGGCCGAGCAGGUGCCCAUUGGUCAGAUUCCUCGUACCCUGACCGUCAUGUGCUACGGCAGCACUGUCCGACAGAUCAACCCCGGCGAUGUCGUCGACAUCUCGGGAAUUUUCCUGCCUACUCCUUACACUGGCUUCCAGGCGAUGCGUGCCGGUCUGCUGACCGACACCUACGUCGAAGCUCACCACAUCGCCCAGCACAAGAAGGCCUACGAUGAGAUGGUCAUUGACGACAGGUUAUUACGGCGCAUCCAGACAUACAGCCAGUCCGGUGCUGUGUACGAGAUGCUCGCCAAGUCCAUUGCUCCCGAGAUCUUCGGCCACCUGGACGUCAAGAAGGCCCUGCUGCUUUUGCUCGUUGGUGGCGUGACAAAAGAGAUGGGCGACGGCAUGCGCAUUCGUGGCGAUAUCAACAUUCUCUUGAUGGGCGACCCUGGUGUGGCCAAAUCUCAACUUCUCAAGUACAUCUCCAAGGUGGCUCCGCGAGGUGUGUACACAUCCGGCCGAGGUUCCAGUGGCGUUGGUCUCACCGCCGCUGUCAUGCGUGACCCUGUAACGGAUGAGAUGGUACUCGAGGGUGGUGCUCUGGUCCUUGCUGACAAUGGUAUCUGCGCCAUCGAUGAGUUCGACAAGAUGGACGACAACGACCGAACGGCCAUCCACGAAGUCAUGGAGCAGCAGACUAUCUCCAUCUCCAAGGCGGGCAUCUCCACGACAUUGAACGCCCGAACCUCCAUUCUCGCCGCCGCCAACCCUAUCUACGGCCGCUACAACCCUAGAAUAUCGCCGGUCGAGAACAUCAACCUCCCCGCAGCCCUGCUCUCGCGUUUCGACGUCUUGUUCCUCCUCUUGGAUACCCCCACCCGUGAGAGUGAUGCUCAGCUGGCCAAGCACGUAGCAUACGUGCACAUGCACAGCAAGCACCCAGACCUCUACGCCAACAAUGGUGUGAACAGCGCCGGCGAGGUGCCCAAUGUGGUCUUCACCCCCCACGAGGUCCGGGCCUACGUCGCAAAGGCCAGAACCUACCGCCCUACCGUACCAGAAACUGUCACGGAGUACCUUACCAAGACUUAUGUUCGCCUAAGAAAGGCCCAGAAGACGGCCGAGUCCAAGGGCCAGAACUUUGCCCACACGACACCGCGGACGCUGCUCGGUGUUGUCCGUCUGGCUCAGGCAUUGGCUCGUCUCCGGUUUGCCGAUGCUGUCGACCAGGACGAUGUGGACGAGGCACUACGGUUGAUCGAGGCCAGCAAGGAGAGCUUGGCUGCCCACGAAGGCCCGCGCAGACGUGGCAAGGACGCCAACACUCGCAUUCUGGAACUGGUCAAGGGCUUCCUGGACAGUGGCGCUUGCCGACCUGAUGAUGUGGAUGAUGAUGACGAGGAGGCCGCCGUGGAGUUGAGUUUGCGCAAGGUCAGAGAACGUGUCCUGGCCAAGGGCUUCACCGAGGACCAGUGGUUGACUGCUCUGGAUGAGUAUGCCAGCAUUGAUGUCUGGCAAACGGCUGGCAAUGGUACAAGAUUGUUGUUUAUCAAUGCCGGGGACAAUGCUGAGGAUGACGAAUAG